AAAAAAACAGUUGCUGGAGAAGACAGAUUUUGGGCCCAGCUCUCCCUCUCGCUUUACCUCUUCCUCUCUGAUUUGACUGAUCAGCAUUUGACUCUCUCGGCAACCGUAAAACGCCUUUUUCAUUUGAUAAACAUAACAUUUUAUUCAAAACAUUAGGCAACCAUGCUUGCUUACUAAAUGCAAAACGCUGUAUAUUAUUGAUGCAGAGUAAUAUACUCUCAAAAUCUGUCUGUUAGCUAAAAUGGAAAAUACAUUUAUCCAAUGGAAGAAACAAUGUCUAAACAACAUAACUUAGAUGUCAGCAAGAAAGGAGGACAUCUCACAUAUUGUUUCUGCCAUAAACAACUCAGCCUAUUAUUUCACCACCAGCUCCUGUUCUGGAAGGAUUCUUCUCAUAGAUGGGCACUCUUUGGCAAUAAACUCUGGCUUUAGAAACUCUGGAUUGACUGUAGACAAGAAGGGCAAAAUCAUAACGGCAGUCCGAAGUACCCAUGGUCUGGUGGUUCCACUGAGCCACAAAGGACAGGUCCUGGUGAAGGAGGACUACAUCUACUUCCUAGUGGAAGUAGCCAAUCAGAAAAUGGAGGAAAAUGUCAAACAAAUUGAGAGGUUCUACGAGUGGCUACAGUCUGCUUUGCAACCAGCUGAACCUCAAAGCCCAAGUAGACAGGAGACGGAGGAGAAAUCUGUUUACAAGCAACGGAGGAAAAGAGAACAGACAAACGUUUAAACAGACACUCAGACAGACGCCUGCCAAGACAACAGAGACAUUAAUCCAGUUGAGCUUGAGGACUGCUUUGGCAGUGGGCUGGAUCUGUUCACAUAGACAAAUCAAAUCAAAUACAUUUGUAUUUGUCACGUGCUUCGUCAACAACGGGUGUAGACACAACAGUGAAAUGCUUACUUACUUACGCGCCCUUCCCAACAAUGCAGAGAGGGAGAGAAAAUAGAGAAAUAAAACAAAAGUAAUAAUUCAAGCAAUACACUUAUACACUGGAUACACUGGAUACACUGGAUACCAGUCCCAAGUCGAUGUGCAGGGGUACGAGGUAAUUGAGG